AUGGCCGCAGCCGCCCUCCUGCUCCGGCCUCGGCCCGGGCCUGGGCCCCGGCCGCUGCCUCUGCUCCUGCUGCCUCCGCUGCUGCUGCUGCUGCUGCUGCUGCUGCGUGCCAGCGCGGUGCGCGCUGACAGUAAGGUGUUCGGCGACGUGGACCAGGUGCGCAUGACCUCCGAGGGCUCAGACUGCCGCUGCAAAUGCAUCAUGCGGCCGCUGAGCAAGGACGCGUGCAGCCGGGUGCGCAGCGGCCGGGCGCGAGUGGAGGACGUCUACACAGUAGAGACUGUGAGCUCGGGCACCGACUGCCGCUGCUCCUGCACCGCGCCGCCCUCCUCGCUCAACCCCUGCGAGAACGAGUGGAAGAUGGAGAAACUCAAGAAACAGGCACCCGAGCUCCUCAAGCUGCAGUCCAUGGUGGAUCUCCUGGAGGGCACCUUGUACAGCAUGGACCUGAUGAAGGUGCACGCCUACGUCCACAAGGUGGCUUCCCAGAUGAACACGCUGGAAGAGAGUAUCAAGGCCAACCUGAGCCGGGAGAACGAGGUGGUGAGGGAGAGCAUGCACCACUUCAGGGAGCAGCUGAGGCACUACGAGAACCACUCAGCCAUCAUGAUGAGCAUCAAGAAGGAGCUCUCCAGCCUGGGCCUCCGGCUGCUGCAGAAGGACGCGGCCACGGCACCCGCUGCUGCCCCGGCCCCCAAGCCCGGCAGUAAGGCUCAGGACACAGCUGGAGGGAAAGGCAAAGACAACAAAUACGGCAGCAUGCACAAGAGCUUCGUAGACAAGGGCCUCCCAAAACCUCCUAAGGAGAAGCUGCUGAAAGUGGAGAAGCUGAAGAAGGAGGGCAAGGGCAGAUUCCCCCAGACCACAGCCAAGCCCCGGGCCCUGGCCCAGCAGCAGGCUGUGAUCCGAGGCAUCACCUACUACAAGGCGGCCAGAAAGGAGAUGACCGAGGCCAUGGCUGAUAAUGCCCUCAAGGGCCCUUCCUGGCUGGAGCAGCUGCCGCCCCGGGUGGAGGGCAGGCAGCCCGAGCCCAACUCAGCAGAGCGUGACGAGACCGGGCCCAGGGCCUCCGAGGGAGCGGACUUGGCCCCUGGCACCCCUGACUCGGGUCCCACGCCCACCCCUCCCCUGACUCCCAUCACCGGUGCCCUGCCUACCGCGCCACCUUCACGCCCAGAAGCUCCCAGCCAAGGCAGAGAGGCGAGCUGCGAGGGCACCCUCCGGGCCGUGGACCCCCCUGUGAGACACCACAGCUAUGGGCGCCAUGAGGGAGCCUGGAUGAAGGACCCCGCUGCGAGGGAUGACAAGAUCUAUGUCACCAACUACUACUAUGGAAACAGCCUGGUGGAAUUCCGCAACCUGGAAAACUUCAAGCAAGGCCGCUGGAGUAACAUGUACAAGCUGCCCUACAACUGGAUCGGCACAGGCCACGUGGUGUACCAGGGCGCCUUCUACUACAACCGCGCCUUCACCAAGAACAUCAUCAAGUACGACCUGCGGCAGCGCUUCGUGGCCUCCUGGGCGCUGCUGCCCGACGCGGUGUACGAGGACACCACACCCUGGAAGUGGCGCGGCCACUCGGACAUCGACUUCGCCGUGGACGAGAGCGGCCUGUGGGUCAUCUAUCCCGCUGCGGAUGACCACCACGAGGCCCAGUCCGAGGUGAUCGUGCUGAGCCGCCUGGACCCCGGCGACCUGUCGGUGCACCGUGAGACCACGUGGAAGACGUGGCUGCGGCGAAACUCCUACGGGAACUGCUUCCUGGUGUGCGGCAUCCUGUACGCCGUGGACACCUACAACCAGCGGGAGGGCCACGUGGCCUACGCCUUCGACACGCACACGGGCACCAACGCCCGCCUGCAGCUGCCCUUCCUCAACGAGCACGCCUAUACCACCCAGAUCGACUACAACCCCAAGGAGCGGGUGCUCUACGCCUGGGACAAUGGUCACCAGCUCACCUACACCCUCCACUUCGUGGUCUGAGCGAGACCU